AUGGCCCUCAUCAUACCUUGCCAUAGCAUGCUUUCAUGCCUGCGUCCUCUGUACCCGUUCCCCGUUCCCCGUUCUUUCAGAACCCAUACCCCCACCGAUCAAUGCCUUUCUAGAAGGCCUAUCCAUUUCGAAUUACCUUGGACGUAUCCGACGAAUAUGAUGCAAUUAUCUUGUCCCGUCCCGCUUGUCUUCUCUUCCCACGUUGAUUUUCGGCAGUGCCCCAGUUGUCGUGCUUCCGGCCCCUGUCUCUCCAGGCUUCAGUGUUCCAAACUACCGGGACCGCACAGCCUCCGAGUCCACGGUAUAGCCUCCUCACCUACGACACCCGAUUUUGAUGUAGCACCUGCUUCUACCGAGUCCUCAUCUCCUAGACGUCUACCGUCGACCAUCAGCCGGUCGUGGGAGACCGGGGUAGUCCUCUCACUCUGUUCUCCCGUCAUGCCUAACCUAGCAGACGCCGUUGUCGUUACCAGCAACCCAGGAUUGACUCCACAGACUGCGUCGGCUUUGUUGUCUUGUUCCAAGCUCGAACAAUCGAUUUUGCUUCUACCUACUGAUCUCAUGUCUCCACUGGGUUUUGCACCAACACUGAAGAAAACCGCCAACGGGAUGGGUCUCCUCAUGGGGCCUUGA